GCGGUCCGGGCCCCCUCGAGCACGACUCUAGGCGCUGGGCCCUACACCUCAAGCUGCCACCACUCUAAUAUAUGUUAAGUCUCAGCCGUGUGUGAAGCCUCGCGGAAGAAGUCAGUCCGAACGACUCUGAAGGUCGUUAGAAGAGCAGCAGACGAAGAAUCCUUCAACAACAAGGUUGAAAGGUCAAGUAGUUGACCCCCCUAACUAGGAAGGUCUGAUCCGGCUACCAGGAAGCCCAAGGCGGAAGGGAAGAGGAGGGGUGCCAGUGAGAAGAUGGGGGCGUGUGCCACCAAGAAGGAGCCCAUCAACCCAGGGUCGGCUCUAGACAGGGUCAUCUCCCAGGCCUCCAGCGACGACUGUGUCCUCUACCGCCUCGCUGACUACAAGAAAGGAGGGCGGCUGAUCGAGGAGUACAACAGGGGCGGAGGGAAGGAGGUGGAGCGACUCAUCCUGGAAGAGUUUGGCAUCUUCCUGUACAACCACGGGAGAGGCAUGGACAUCACUCGUACGGAGUACCUUAAGUGGAAGUACAGGAAGGUCCCCAAGGACCAGAUGGUGGUGCAGAUGGAGAGGAAGAGCCCCUUCGACCCCCUCCACAGGUGGAAGGACCACGAGGCGUGCUGGCAGAUGCAGUUCCGCGGGUCGCUCGGGGAGACGCUGCUCCACGUCCUCAUCAUGUGCGACACGAAGGCUCACACCCGGGUCGCCAAGAUCCUCCUCAGGUGCUUCCCCAAGCUCGCCGUCGACGUGGUCGAGGGGGAGGAGUACCUAGGAGCGAGCGCUCUGCACCUGGCCAUCGCUUACUCCAACAACGAGCUGGUGACCAUCUUGGUGGCUGCUGGUGCCGACUUCACUCAGAGAGCUGUUGGGAGUUUCUUCCUGCCGAAGGACCAGCAAGUGACGUGUCCGCCGGGCCCCGAGAACACUGACUACGAGGGCUUGGCUUACCUGGGCGAGUACCCGCUCUCCUGGGCCGCCUGUCUGGGCAACGAGACCGUCUACAACAAGCUCCUCGACUUCGGAGCGGACCCCAACGCCCAGGACUCCUUCGGCAACAUGAUCCUGCACAUGGUGGUCGUCUGCAACCAACUGGGGAUGUUCUCCUACGCCCUGCGGCACCCGCGGCUCCCAGCGCAGGACGGGAUCAUGAACCUGGCGGGGCUGACGCCGCUGACGCUAGCCUGCAGACUGGCCCGCUCCACCAUCUUCAAGGAGAUGCUGGAGCUCACCUGCAUCGAGUUCUGGCGCUACUCCAACAUCACCUGCAGCGCCUACCCGCUCAACGCCCUCGACACCAUCCGGCCCAGCGGCGAGACCAACUGGAACUCCGCCCUCAUGAUCAUACUGAACGGCACGAAGAGCGAGCACCUGGACAUGCUGGAGGGCGGGAUCAUCCAGCGGCUCCUGGAGGAGAAGUGGAAGACCUUCGCCAGGAACCAGUUCCUCAAGCGUCUAGCCAUCAUGUUGCUCCAGCUGAUACUGCUAAGUGUUGCUGUGUACCUUCGUCCUUGCUACUGUGGGCCCAAGAACAUGCAGAGGAACAAGCCGGAGAUAAGGAAGAUGCUCUACGACGAGUUCUUCGACAAUGACUUCAAGAGCAUCGCCAGGUACUGCUUCGAGGGAGGUACCCUGGCCGGAGUGAUCUCCUACGUCGUCUUCCAGCAGGGGGAGGAGAUUAUGAACCAGGGGCUCUCCUCCUUCAUGAGGGGCUUGGCCGGCAACGCUCCUAAGGCCAUCUUCAUGGUGGCCAACCUGCUCAUCAUGCUGGUGGUUCCCUGUCGCAUCGUCUACUUCUUCAAGCCCGAGAUGCUGGUCCUCAGGGCCCUCGAGGACGAGCUCCUCUCCUACGCCGUGGCCGGGUCCUGGUUCAUGCUCAUGUUCUUCGCCGGAGCGCUGAAGCUGACGGGGCCGUUCGUGGUGAUGAUCUACAAGAUGAUCACGGGCGACAUGUUCACCUUCUCCAUCAUCUACUUCAUCAUGCUGCUGGGCUUCUCCGAGGCCUUCUACUUCCUCUACAAGAGCCCCAAGUAUGACAAGGACAGCAAGUACGCCUCCUAUGGCACCACCUGGAUGGCUCUCUUCCACAUGACCCUCGGCGACUAUGACUACGCCGGGAUGAACCUCAACAUCUACAGCGCCAUGAGCAAGUUCGUGUUCCUCGUGUUCACCAUCAUGCUGCCCAUCAUGUUGUUGAACAUGCUCAUCGCUAUGAUGGGUAACACCUACAGCACCGUCAUCUCCAUGUCCGAGAAGGAGUGGGUCAAGGCCUGGGCGAAGAUCGUGAUCGCCCUGGAGCGAGCCAUCUCUCAGGAGAAGGCCAAGGACUACCUGUACAUGUACAGCCUGCCUAUAGGAGGCGGCGGUGACGGAGGCGAGGAGAGCCUGGGCGUCAUGGUCAUCAAGAGCAAGGACAAGACCAAGGCCAAGCAGAGGAAGGGAGCCCUUAGUAACUGGAAGCGUGUGGGUCGGGUCACCAUCGACGCCCUACAACGUCGGGGAGUGUCUGGAGAGUUCCUCCGGCGGGAGAUGUGGGGUCUUCAGACCGCUGCCUCCACACCUGUCAAGGGACCUGCGAAGAAGAAGGGUUACGGUGGUCUCCUGGGUACGGAGACUGGCCCCGCCACCGGGGACAUCUUGGGUGACGCUCUCAACCAGACCAUGUUCGCCACCGACAGUGUCGACCCCAACGACGAGAUGGACGGCUUCGGUGCCCUCACUGGCGCCAUCGACCAGCUUGCCUUCACCCACGAUCUCGACUUCUCCGGGGACGGCGUCGAUGACGAUCCUCUGAAGCCCAAUAUGGUUGGCCAGGCGCCCAAUACUCUAGCUCCUCCUGCACACCUGCCAGUCGUCCCUGAGAGGAAGAAGAAGAAGAAGCGACGCGACUCUGAAGGAUACGACAACCCAGCUUUCCUGGACGACGAGGAACUACUGCUGGCUUCUGCCCUCGGUGGCGGAGACUCCGAUGACUCCGACACCGACAUGCUGGAGGCCCGCCGCCUCUCCAAGCCGCGGAUCAUCAUCCAGGCAGAAACGGAAACAGCCUCCGUCACCACCACCUCCGGGGCGAAGGCAGCAGCAGCACCGGCCACAGGGAAAGCUCCGGUUGCCGCUGCCUCCAAGACCCCAAAGGCCCCUGUAAAGCCUGAGGUUGCUGAAGUCCCCGCUAUCAUGCCGCGGCCUCGGCUGACGUCCGCCAAAAUGAGACGCAUCGGCUCCGCUCGCAAGACUCCCGCACGAUUCGCCAUGACCUUCACCGAAAAGUACGACCCAGUGGGCAAGGUAGAUGCGGUGAAAGUCCCGGUGACGACUAAGUCCCAAGCCACUACUCACGACCAGAAGCCCGAAGUAUGCGAGAAAAAGGACAACAGAAAGGGAAAGAAGAGUGAGGAAGCUGUUCCCGCGGCCCCCGAAGACGCAAGUGUCGACGACAACGGCGAGAAAUGGGCGGAGAAGAAGCCGCGACGAAGCAAGAAUAAAGUCGGCCCAUCAAGCAGCUCGGAGGAAAGUGCCACUGGCGCCGACCAGCAGACGCAGGAUGACCUCAGUGUGGGCCUCCAGUCCGGGUCAGACUCCACGCGUGACGAGGUGAGGGCUAAGGAGAAGGAGCGCCCCAAGACCUCUGUGGCUAGCCAGAAGAUGAAGAAGCGAGCGACGGAGAACGUGGGCAACAUGAACAGCAUCUUGCCCUGGGAUAAUGACGACGGAGACAUCAAGUAAAAUAUUCCUGCAAAUGCACCAUAUUAAAACCAGUUUACUUUAUUUGUCAACUGAAUGCAGUCAAAAUAAUAUUGUUACUGUACAGGCGCUGCGCUUCAGAUGUUGCAUAUCAUCACACGUCAUAGAGUUAUAAACAUAACAAAUAACCGGAUUAAUUGUUUUAUGGAACUAAUGUCGCCGUGAAGGGAUCUCACCGACAUAAUAAUCAACCACGUGUGUCCUAAUUUCGCUUAACUAGACUAACUCUAGCUAGACCUGCUGCCUGGGUAACAGCUUCUCCUCCAUGUCAACCUACCCUGGCUUUGCGCCCUAGUGAGGCCACUCCAGAGUGCAACACCAUAGUUGCCUGAGACUGAUGGAUGUCUACUUCUACUAGAGUACAAUGUAGCUCAAAGUAUGAACAAUUGUUCUCUUUCCCCUACCACUAGUUAAUACACUUCUUAGCGCAGAAAAAGAAGGGCAGAAGGACAUCCUAGGUGACAUGCAGUCCUUCUUAAACUUAGAUUCUAACCAGUCGUAGUCUUAUAGCUAACUCGAAGUUUCUCACUCUAGUAGCUAAUUACAGGAGUUACUACUGAAGCAGCUAAUUUUAAAAAAAAGCUUCCCACUGAUGCAGUUAAUUUGAAGAGCCCGCUACUGGCCUUUAUUAUGCUUGAAAUUUGUUUUCGCAAUCAAACAAAUAAAAUAAGAUACAACAUAUCUUAUUAUAGUGAAUCAUUGUAGCAGAUGUUCACAUGUAUUAAUUAUACCUAACAUUAUCUAUCUAUAUCUAUAUCAGCAUAUCUAAACCAGGUUAUUGGUCUAAUUAAGCUACUGAUGCAGGCUAUUGGUCCAAGCUAUUGACAGACAAUCCCGUUCCAGCAACUAAGCAACACAUCAACAGAUGCCCAGAAUGGUUGCUAUGGCAACCUAAGAAACUUUCAAGUGAAAUUCAAUACGUUAGAGCUACAAUCCACAACUCGUAACACGAGAUCUACAACCACGUCGAUCUUUAACAACUCUUUAUAUAACAAAGGAAAGUAACUUAUUGGAGAAGAUGCUAGUCAUUAUAACGUCAUGUAAUGAAGUCUAUUUCUUUACAGAUAUUUCAACGUUUCAGUGUUAUUAACCACACACCUCUAUACUUGUAUUGUUCCUGCAAUAUAACUAGUUCCUAAAUAUUAUCAAAUAAAUUAUAAUACAAAAUUAA